GAAGUGACGGCGGCCGGAAGAGGGAUUCAGAGCCUGGAGUCAUCGGAUCUGCUCGGGCCUGAGCAGGUCAGGUCUUUCCCGCUAGGGCCACGGGGGAAGCAGCAGGCGGAGCAGGUGCGGCGGUGGCAGGGCAAACCUCUGCGAUCUAUAUUGAAGCCCUGUGGACGGGGAGGAGGGCGCCGGGGAAGGGGCAAGAUCUCUGAUAGACAACUAAAGCUGGAGGGCACAGCAGGUAGCCCGCCCCCCCUCUUCCCCGGCGGACCCACCGACAUCCUCCAGGGUUGCGUAAAAGACUUGAGUAUAUAUUCUCUGUGGUUUCUCUUCGUAUGAGAUUCCAGAAGGGAUCUGGCUCCGAUUUGGAUUUGUCGUGCCUGGUAUUUCAGAUUGCCUGGCAUCUGCCUGUACACCACCUAUCGGUCUGUUCACCUUUCCUUCUUUAUAAUCCUCCUGUUAUGAACUCAAUACCGCUGUGCUUGUGACGGAUUUGUUCUCUGCAUGCUUUAAUUUGCAUUUGCACAGAAUUUACCUGGAUGCAUCUGAAUUGCAUAGAAGUUUCUACGCGGAUCCAGCAUGAGCAACACUUAAAGCCGCUCUAAGGGGCACCUAUUUGAAUUGCAGACUGUCUGUUGGACUGUGCCGAAUAGCACGUUAAACUCGGGUAUUUUAAUAUUACACCUUGACCUCCAGCUUCGAUUGCACAACCGUCGGUCUAGUCAUUUCCUUAACGCACCGCUUACCUCUUCUGAUCCGGAUUGCAAAACAAACCCUGCACUGGUCUGGAUUGCACGUUGUUUGCCUGCGCACAUUCGGAUUAGCACAGCAGCUCCGGCAGCUAAGAGUGUUUGCUCACAAAGGUGUAAAGAUGUUGCCAGGAUCUAUCCAGAUCUCUGGGGAGACUUUAUCAAGUGCCGAGAUUCGGGAUAUCUGUGAGAGCCUAAGAGAGAACUCCAUCAAACUGCUUUCGCUCCGGGGCUGCCAGCUUUCUGACCGAGAUUUUGGCUGUAUCUGCAGGGGGGUAGCAGAAUCUCACUCUUUAGCUCAACUUAAUCUUAACUUGGGGAUUGUCUCCAGUAUCAGUCGGGUCAAGCAACUGGCUGAAGCCCUGAAGACCAACCGCUCUGUCCAGUCUUUGUUCCUCCAUGGAAGUCCCCUGACAGAUGCUGGUCUGGCUCUUCUCAACCCAGCACUCUCCAUCCAUCCCUCACUAGUGGCCUUGGACUUAGGGGACUGUAUGUUGGGUGAUGAAGGUAUUAACUUGAUCUGUGGCCUCCUCCCUCCUGAUGGGGCCAAAUCAGGCUUGAAGGAAUUGACUCUCAGUGCUAACCCUGGCAUCACUGGCAAAGGAUGGGGACGCUUGGCUAUUGCAGUGGCUCACAGUUCCCAGGUGCGAGUGUUGAACUUGGACUACAAUCCACUGGGUGACCAGAUAGCAGGAAUGCUGGCAGUUUCUGUGGCAUCCAGCCGCACCCUAGAGGUUUUGGACUUGGAAGGAACAGGACUUACCAACCAGUCAGCCUUGAUCCUGCUGGACAUGGUAGAAAACUACCCAACAGCUUUGCGGACGCUGAUCCUGGCAGAGAACAACAUCAGUCCUGAACUGCAGCAGCAAAUCUCUGACCUCCUUUCUGAGGGGGAGGAAGAAGAGGAGAUGGAGACUCAUGAAGUCAUGGCCAGAGAGAAGAAUGCAUGGAUCUGCCAGAACAAUUCCAGUUCUCAAAUGGUCUUGGUAACAUCAGGCCUUGGAGAAAGUCUGUUAGCGGAAACAGAGAUGUGAACAGGAGAAAAACAUUUUCAUGUAUGGGGAAGUGUAUAUGUUUAUAAAAAUGUGCAUUCUCGCAUGAUGUGUGUGAAUGCAUACUGUGCUUGUGUGUUUGAAAGUGAGUAUAUGCACAAGGCAAACAGAUGGGCAUAAAAGGUCGUAUGUCUAUGUGCAAAUGCUGCACCUGCUCUGAGUGCAGAUCCACACACUGUGUCUUACUGAAGUCACCUUUUAGCUCCACAUUGGGACAUGACCCAAGGUAAUCUUUGUCUGUGUCACACAACUUGUCAAUUGCUUGUGAUUGUCCAGUUGCUGUAUUUAUAGGUCACACCAUCCAUUCUUGACUAAGCUGUGGGGGAGGCUAUAUUUAUUCAGAUGUGUAUAUUUAUGUAUAACAGAUAAGCUUUUAUUGCUUGUAUCUGUGUCUUGAGUAGAAUUUUAUAAAGUUCACAGAAAUGGCACAGUUGUGGCUGUGUGGCACUUUACUUUCAACUAUA